GCCUCCUCCUCGGGUGAAAGGCUCGCUGCAGAGCCCGGAAGGUCCCUUCGCUCCUUCCCACGUAUCCCCUGUGGGAGAUGCCUGCUCUGCACAGCCGACUGCCGCACCCGUGAGCGAGACGCCACCACCUGCCACUCGGCGGAUCGGACGGAUCGGGACGGCCGUCGCGUGGUGGGGCGAAACGGACCAUUCGGGGAGGCCAAUCGGAGAGGCCGUUGUUGGUAAAGGCGGAGCGGACCGAUCAGGGAGGUUGCCAAGCCGUUGGCUUGUGACAUUGGGGAGCCGCCAUGCUGGCGUCGCUGGGGCGUUCGGCGGGACGGCUGCUGCGGGCCGGCGGCGGCGCGGCCGGGAGGCGGCACGCGGGCGGCGACGUGCACAUCGAGCCGCGAUACCGGCAGUUCCCGGAGCUGACGCGGUUGCAGGUGGUGCGGAGCGAGCUGCUGAGCGGCUUCAUGUGGUUCUGGAUCCUGUGGCACUUCUGGCACAGCUCGGACAGCGUGCUGGGCCAUUUCCCGUACCCCGACUCCUCUGCCUGGACGAAUGAGGAGCUCGGCAUCCCGCCCGACGACGCCGAGUAGGCACCGCUGGCGCAGAGGUCUGUGGAACUGAGGAGGCCCUGGAACUGAUGCUUUGCUCUGCUGUCCCGGUCUCAAUAAAGUGAGCUGUUGACAAA